UACUCUUUGAGAGAACAGAUCAAGCUUUAUCUUUAUCUACAUUUCCAAGCGAAAUAUGGAGAAUGAAAAUAAUACCACUCUCAGUGAACAAAAAACAGAAUCUCCCAAAGAGGACUCACUUCUGCCCAUCUUUGAGAAGGGACUUUUCUUCCAUGAUUCUUACUUCGAGGAUAUUCGGAAGCACUUUGAGACAGCCAUCGACCAAAUCCUGGAUACGUGGGGAGAGGCCACGUCCGUGAGUGAUCUCAUGAGUAGCUACAGACGUAUAAGAGAGCGCAAUUUGCAGCAAGAGAACCAAGUCAUGGCCUUCAGCGAAGACGACCAGAAUCAUAAGGUUGUGCUGGAUGUUCAUGACUUCAAGAGUGGAGACGUUAAGGUCAGAGUGGAAGACAAUCAGGUGGUGGUGGAAGGUAGAGUGGAAAAGGAAGAGGACGAAUUCAAGUCCAUGAAAAGCUUCUGUCGACGCUUCAACUUCCCAGGCAAAGUGGCUAUGGAGGGCGUGACUUCUGCAAUGUCCUCCGAUGGCGUCUUGACUAUCGCAGCUCCGAAGAUUCCACAGGCAGCAUAGAAAAAUAUUUAAUGAGCUUAAAUUAUGAUAUAAGUUAAAAUAUAAUGUAUGUCUAAUUAUUUAUUGUAAAUUUGUAGAAUAGAAAUUAAGUUCAUUUAUUGAUGUAUUCUUUUUAAUAAAUCGUAUUUGUUUA